UUCCCUCCUUCAUCCGGGUCCUGGGCGAGCGGGCGCCGUGCGCGUGUCCCGCGGCCGAGCUGCUAAUAAAGUUGCGCUGUGGGCAAGCGCAGCUACGGCGCCGGGAGAGCGCGCGCCGCCGGCCCGACUUGAACCAAUGAAAGAAGCUUAUGGCACUUAUGAAGAUAAAUGUCACUCCUCCCUUUUUAAUUGGAACUUUUGUUUAGGACUUGUAUAUGACUUUUCACUUGUGAUCUGACUUUGAGUUGCAGGAAGGUUUCUGAAGAUUUAAAUCAAAUGACGUCAAUGGCCAGCUUGUUUUCUUUUACUAGUCCAGCAGUAAAGCGAUUGUUGGGCUGGAAGCAAGGUGAUGAAGAGGAGAAAUGGGCAGAAAAGGCAGUCGAUGCUUUGGUGAAAAAGCUAAAAAAGAAAAAGGGUGCCAUGGAGGAACUGGAGAAAGCCUUGAGCAGUCCAGGACAGCCAAGCAAAUGUGUCACUAUUCCCAGAUCUUUAGAUGGACGCCUGCAGGUUUCUCACAGAAAAGGCUUGCCCCAUGUUAUAUAUUGUCGUGUUUGGCGCUGGCCUGAUUUGCAGAGUCAUCAUGAGCUAAAGCCAUUGGAUAUUUGUGAAUUUCCUUUUGGAUCUAAGCAAAAAGAAGUUUGUAUCAACCCAUACCACUAUAAGAGAGUGGAGAGUCCAGUCUUACCUCCAGUAUUAGUGCCUCGUCAUAAUGAAUUCAACCCACAACACAGCCUUCUGGUUCAGUUUAGAAACUUAAGCCACAAUGAACCUCACAUGCCACAAAAUGCAACGUUUCCAGAUUCUUUCCAUCAGCCCAACAACACUCCUUUUCCCUUAUCUCCAAAUAGUCCCUACCCUCCUUCCCCUGCUAGCAGCACAUAUCCCAACUCCCCAGCAAGCUCUGGACCAGGAAGUCCAUUUCAGCUCCCAGCUGAUACUCCUCCUCCUGCAUAUAUGCCACCAGAUGAUCAGAUGGGUCAAGAUAAUUCCCAGCCCAUGGAUACAAGCAGUAAUUUGAUUCCUCAGAUUAUGCCCAGUAUAUCCAGCAGAGAUGUUCAGCCUGUUGCCUAUGAAGAGCCCAAACAUUGGUGUUCAAUUGUCUACUAUGAAUUAAACAAUCGUGUUGGGGAAGCUUUUCAUGCAUCUUCUACUAGUGUGUUAGUAGAUGGAUUCACAGACCCUUCAAAUAACAAAAGUAGAUUCUGCUUGGGAUUGUUGUCAAAUGUUAAUCGUAAUUCAACAAUUGAAAACACUAGGCGACAUAUUGGAAAAGGUGUUCAUCUGUACUAUGUUGGUGGAGAGGUGUAUGCAGAGUGCCUCAGUGACAGCAGCAUAUUUGUACAGAGUAGGAACUGCAACUUUCAUCAUGGCUUUCAUCCUACCACUGUCUGUAAGAUUCCCAGCAGCUGCAGCCUCAAAAUUUUUAACAAUCAGGAGUUUGCCCAGCUUCUGGCUCAGUCUGUCAACCAUGGUUUUGAGGCAGUAUAUGAGCUCACCAAAAUGUGUACCAUUCGAAUGAGUUUUGUCAAGGGCUGGGGAGCAGAAUAUCACCGGCAAGAUGUUACCAGCACCCCAUGUUGGAUUGAGAUUCAUCUUCAUGGGCCUCUUCAGUGGCUGGAUAAAGUCCUCACUCAGAUGGGCUCCCCUCUAAACCCCAUUUCUUCUGUUUCAUAGUGCAGAAGUAUUCUUUUCCAGUUAUAUUAUUAGUGGACUUGUUUUAAUUUUAGGGAAAAUUUCAGUACAGAUACUGUGAGCUUACAUGGAAAACAGAUAUUACAGCUUUUUUUUUCCUACAUAAUUGUGACCAAUACAUUUGUUUUUGUGAUGAAUCAACAUCUGUUUGUAUUCAUGUUCAUGUGAUUAACUCUCAAAAGUGUUGUGAAAGAUGCAGAGUGAGUAUUGUGCCCCAGUUCAGAAGUUUGGCAUUGAUCUUAAACUGGAACAUACUUUUGCCUUAUUGUCCCCGCAAUUUUUUUAUUUGUUAAAUCUUUUUGGAAAAGUAAUACAUCACAUGAUGAAAAUUAUAACAGUAUAAGAAGGUGUUCAAUGAGAGUCUUCCAUUCUAUUCUUGAUUCUCCAGAAGCUGUACUUUUACCAGUUUCUUAGUCCCACCAACUUUAAAAAAGUAUAAUUCAUUGUUUUAUAAAAGCAUAUGGUAGGGGCUUAAAAGAAACUAUAAAAAAAAAAGUCGUUUAUUUGAAGGAACACUAUGCACUGCUCUAACAGGUAGUGUUCAGUAAAAGCCAAGUGAUAGUUUUCUAAGUGACAUAAAAUUUACAUUUAAUACAGCUAAAUGUUUGUCAGUGCAUUGUGACUUCACUCAAUAUUAUCUUUUGUAAAAUAUUUCCUUUUUUAAAAAAAACUUAUUGCAAACAACGGAUCUCCAGUAUAUGUCAUUUACUCAAAUCUGUCAUAAGUACUACUUUAUAGCUAGUGACAGUGCAUGCACGGCCUUGUUCAGCUGUGUUUGCUGCUUUUGGCCAAUGUUGCAAGAACUCUAAUUUUGACAUGCAUUAAUCUUUUAUUUUGCACUUUGAUGGGUGACAGUUUUUAGAGUAACCUUUUGUGAAACACACUCAAGCGACUUGGACUUAGAUGUUCAUCCUUGCUUCCUUGGUACCCCUUUUGUAUUAAACACUGCAAUUUAUAGAUUACAGUUAUAGGAAGUUAUACUUUUUCUAGCUUUUGUUGUAUUUUCAACCUAGAUUAUAAGACUGUUAUUCUGUAGCUCCAAUUGAAGGUGCCUUUUUAAUUCCCUGCAGGAUGAUAUUAAUGUUGAAAAAUCAUGUACUUCAUCCCAUUGCUCUUACUUGCGUCUUUUGCCCCAUGCAAGGACCUGUGUCCUGUAUCCAUAGGAGCCUCUUCAGUCUGGCCCCAAGGAUGAGGCCACCUGUCUGAUGCUUAAAUGAAUUGAGCUAGCUGAUUUGAAAACAUUCACAUAUCAAAGAAUACAGACUAUUCUCUCAGUUACCAUGGGUGCUCUUUUUCCAUUUUUUUUAGCACCUAUAUGGAUACUAGUCUCCACAAUCCUCAGAGAGGAAAGACAUGAAAACUCUAAAAUACUCAUUUAAUCAGUCAUGCUUAAGGGCUUUGAGUAAAGGACUCUUAACCUCUUUUUCUAGGGAGCAGUCAAAUGGACACUUAGUUAUGGCAUGAAGAACAAAUACAUUUUUUUGGAAAAAAAAUCACCUAACUUACCUAUUCGAAGAAGCUAUUUUCCAGUGCCUUUUAAAAAUAUGUGGAGCCAUGUCAGUCUUCUGUUUAAAAUGUUAGUUUCAUUUGACUUUCUACUUUGCCCUUUCUGCUCUUAACGAGGAAAAAAAAUGCAUUUUUUGAGGAAAGGAGAAUGCAGUUCCUUUUGUUUUCCAUAACAUUAUUUAUUGCUUUUAUAAAGUGCAGCCAAUGGAUGGUUUUAGUUCUCUCAGAUGAAGUGCCAUAUGUGUUUCAGCUCACAGUCCUUUGCUAAGUAAAAGGAAACUUUCUGACAGUCACCUGAGCCUUAAACGUAAGUUUUACAUGACAUGCAUUCUCAAUCUUCCAGAAUUGUGUCAGCCACACAAAAGAGGAUUAUUUGCUUAGUGAUAGAACUUAGCUAUUUACAUCAUUCUUUUACUUAGCAGGCUCAUGGCACAAUCUUUGGAACAAAUUUGUAGAAAAACUACCUAGGUUGACUGGCAGAUACAUGUAAUCAACUUCAGUGGGCUUGAACUGGUGGAAACUAUUGAAUUGUUUUAUUGACGCUUACAACUGAGUUAAUUAAAAAUUGUUUUUAUUCAUGUAACAGCCUUUAGAGUUAGCAAGAUUUUAUGUGAUUGGCUUUUUCUGUGUUUUCUCUAAGGAGCUGUGUCUCAUGAAUGACAGUACUGAAGCUAUUAACUGGUAAGAGUUUCAUGUAGAAGUAUAAUAAGCCUGUUGUAUUUCCAAAAAGUUGUUAACUCUACACCCCUGGGUUUUAUAUGAAAACUUCAUUCAAUCUAGCUGGUCCUAUAAUUCCUGAGGAUGCUCAGUACAGGAAUGGAUGGGAAAUAAAAAUUAGCCAGUGACAUUAAAAAAACUAAGUAAAAUUCUACCAGUGAAAAAAGCACCUCUGAAGGAAACCAUUUCAUAAAAUUACAUUUUUAAGCUUUUAUUUAAUCUCCAGAAUGGUUUAUAGUCAAAUUUAUGAAAACGUCAUCACAAUCAGAAUAAUCACAUUUUAUAGCAUGUACAACAUUUAAAUAAAUAUAUGCCAGCUGAAAAGACAGAGUCUGGGAAUAAUAAAAUUACAACCAGUUUGGUAAAUGCAAAAAGAGGAAUAGAAUCAAAAUUAAUCUCAGUAAUGUAUUAAAGCAACAAAAAGAUAUUGACUGGAAAAAAAUAAUUUAAGAGGUGCAUUUGACUAAUAUCUCUACAUAAUUACCUGGCUUACGUUAUGGAGUAUAAACUAGUAGGCAUGUUACUGAUCUACUGAAGUGAACUUUUUUUCUUUAGAGAAAAUUUAAGGAAGACAUCAAUCUAAAUGUCAAAUAUAUAUAUCAGACUAUAAAUCACUUUUUACAUUUUCUUGUUAUAUAAGUAAACUAUCAAUAUGAUAAUAGAAUUGUCUGGGUUUCUGAGGUGAAAUCCACAGUAAGAUUGCUGUCAAUAGGUAGUUCAAUAAGUUAUACUUAAUAGUAUGGAAAGAGGGUGUAGCUAUUCUUUACUUUUCAUAACAUUUGAGAGUAAGACAUUCUUUUAGGAUGUAAAAUGAUCAGUAAGUAUUCAGAUCUGAAAUCUAUUGUUAAGAUAAGGACUGGGGCUCACAUUAUAUAACCUUCAGUAUUAUCUUAGAGUACCUGUGGGAAACAGUUCCCCUGUAAUAGUGUUCUUUUAAAGGAGAAAGUUUAUACAAAAAUGAAAUCAUGCCAGUAGCAGAGAAACUCUAAUUUCAAGUUUGAUAGUACCUGUUUAAGUGUUGUAUUUCUAUUACAGAGAGCAUCUAAUAUACCAUUUUAGUUCCAUUUCUUUAUACUUUUUCUAGUUGCUUGCUUAAUAUUA